GAAAAAUACACUCUCACUGCUUCUUUCCAUUUCUUCAAACACUGAACAAACAAUGACGCCGGAUAUCACCAUCACCAGAAGCCCAUACGACCACCGCUUGUUCAUCGUUGACUUCUUCGGCACUGCCAUCGACGUCACUGUCACCUUGUCCGCCUCCGUCGCUCGGAAAUGGCUCUACACUACUCUCUUCCUCCGCCGAAGGUAUAAGGGCCGUCUUGUCGUCGGCGUCGGUGUCCAAUGGACUCCUUGGAACGGAAACGAUCCUCCCGCUGAUACUCUCCAGCUCUGCGUGGGAACUCGCUGCUUGAUCUUCCAACUCUCUCUAGCUGAUACCGUUCCACGCAUUCUUCGCCGCUUUCUCUUAAAUCCGAGCAUCACUUUCGUUGGGAUUUGGAAUGGCUCGGACGAGAAGAAGCUGUUGAUGUCAGUACACGAGCUGAGCAUUCACAGGCUUCUAGAUUUGAGGAAAUAUGUGUUGACUGAUGAUGGAGAAAGUCUUGAUAGAGCUUCAGUGGAGAGGAUUGUGAAGGAGUGUCUGGGCUAUGAGGGGGUGAGAUUAGAGAAGCAUAUCAGCAUGAGUGAUUGGGGUGAUGAGGAUCUCUCUUAUGGUCAGAUUUUGCAGGCUUGUGUAGAUUCUUAUGUGGCCUUUGAGAUUGGUAAGAAAUUGCAUGCGUGGAAGCUGUGAAGAUCAGUUGUUUCAUGUUACUGAAUCUGGGUAGGACUUUUUAACUUUUGCAAAAUAGACUAUGCACAAUUUUGUUGUCUAUGGAGAUGGAUUUGAUAUAGCUCAGACAAUCCAUGAAAAUAAUGUGGUAGCAACUUGCUAAAACCU